AUGGUAGCAACUCUUCAGCAGUACAUCAGCGAUAACGGAGGACGUCUGGGUAACCUGACUGUGAGUCAGGUGGAUGCUGUGCUGUCUCCAGUCUACUGUAAGGAGGAGGCUGUACAGACAGAGGCCGGGCUGGUGUAUUUUCCUCGUGCGGACGGCGACAGUUUCUCCUACUCCGCUGAACGAUGUAACUCUUCCGCAGAACAUGAGAAGCCCCUGGCCACUCGGUUCUGCCGGAUCGCCACGGGUAGAACUGCGGUGUGGGACCCGCCUGUCCUCCUCACGUGUGAUACUGACUCGCGAAACCUGUCUCAGAUUGUAGUGACCAACGAGACAGCUCUGUCUGUGGCGGCGGAAGUGCAGGUGAUCACAAUACAGGCUGAGACGCUCUCGUCUGAUGACGUCACCAGCAUCAGUACCAUCUUACAGGAAAUAGUCAACGUCAGCGCCACAGAGCAGAUCGGAGACUCCCUCCUGACGACUGUAGACAACCUGAUCAACGUGAACGUCACUGUCCUGCAGCAGAGUCAGCAGGAGAGCAGGGGGCCGACCAGAGUCGUCCAGGCAUUGGAGGCAUUUGCUGAUACAGUGGCACUGACCACAGAGAAGUACACCGCCGUGCGGCCAGGGGUGGCCUUGCAGGCAGCUGACGUCAGUCCAGAGGAUUUGGACAAGGGGCAAGGAUUUGCCUUCUUCCUGAGUGGAGACGAUUCUAACAGCUUGAAGGAAGGUAGGGUUAGAAGCUUCACUACGAAGGACGAAACGGGCUUUCUGCGAACUGCUGAUAUCGCCAUCUAUAUACCUCCGAACAUCUCAAGCAUGGUACAGAUCAACAACACAUCAGAAGUCCGUCUGAGUUACACCCUCUACAACAGCAGCAGCCUGUUUGUGCAGACUUCCCAGGGUGCAGCGGGACCUUCCCAGGAUGCAGUGGGAACCCGCGUCAUAGGCGGGAGAAUCGCAGGGAGGCGAGUUAAGAACCUGCCCGAACCGGUCAUCAUCACCUUUGCCCCCCUACAGAAUUUCCUUCCUGAAGACGUAAAGGGGGUCAGGUGUGUGUUUUGGGACUUUGAGGCCGAGGUAGGGCAAGGGGCUUGGUCAACUGAGGGGUGUGAGAGCACGGGCGAGGAAAAUGGACUGUACACAUGUGCCUGUAACCACCUCACCAACUUCGCGGCAAUCUUUGACGUGUUCGGUGCGGGUUUCGGAGUCCACGAGAGGCCGCUAGAGGUCAUCACUAUUGUGGGGUGUGCCGUGUCCAUCGUUUGCCUGGUCCUCACUUUACUCUCUUUUAUCGUCACAAGGAACUACAAACGCCGCUCCAGCACAGGCCAUGCCAGGAACCAGCGGCUCGUCCUCAUCAACCUCUGCGUGGCUCUGCUGGCCAUUCUCGUCAUCUUCCUCGCUGGCAUCAACCAGACGGCGUCUCCCAUUGGCUGCAUGGUGGUGGCCGCGUUCUUACACUACUUCCUAUUGGCUGCCUUGAUGUGGAUGGCGGUGGAGGCCGUUAACAUAUACCUCGCCGUUGUGGUAGUGUUUGACCAUCACGUGUCUGAGAACUUCGUCAUCAGGGCUGCAGCAGUAGCAUGGGGGUUUCCCCUUGUCGCCACGGUGUUGACUGUGGGACCCUCAGGUGUCUACCAGUACAGGAUGAAGGACAAUUGCUGGUUGGCACAAACACCCCUGAUUUAUGCCUUCCUGCUCCCGGCGGGUCUCAUCCUACUGUUCAACUUGCUGGUUUUCGUCAUCGUCAUGUGCAAACUGGUCCGGGACGAGAAGGAACUCAAACAGCUCAGAGGUGCUAAGAUCAAAGAGGCCGACCGUUACUGGAUAAUCCGCCAGAUCCGCCGAGCCUUCAGCAUCAUGGCUCUGUUUGGUCUCACCUGGCUGUUCGGCUUCUUCGUCAUCAACGACGCGCGCGCCGUGUUCGCCUACCUGUUCUGCAUCUUCAACACCCUCCAAGGCCUCUUCAUCUUCAUCUUCCACUGCGUGAUGCGGGAGGACAUGAAGAAGUGGUGGAGGAAGCUGCGGAACAUGGCGGUACCGUGCAGCUACAGGGGAGGGAAGAAGCAUGGUCUGUACGAUGUCAGUGGGAGAAGAACGUCUCUUUCUUCCUCUAGUGUACACACGUCACAGACAACGCUUGUACGGCUGAGCUCUUUCUCAUACAAUAGCAAACCUGAUGGUGAGCCGCUGUAG